CAUGGGUGCAUGGGUGAGGCCAUCAAUAAGGCUUCUUUGGAACACAGGAAAGAAGUUGUUUCCCACUGCUGCUUACACACCAUAUAGAAUCAGCCCAGUUAGGUUAGCUGCACUAACAUCAGUUCAUACUCUUCUUCUCAUUGUACCUGAUCUCAAAUUGUCAUGGUUGGAGCAUUUCAGUCGGUAUUAUCAUUCAAACUACAAACCUAGUGAAAUCUCCUCAUCCAAAAGAGAUUAUUCUAUAGAUCAGAAUGUUGCUCGAUCAAAUUUUCUCAUCUCCAAGCUCAGCAGAGAAGGGAAGAUUGCUGAGGUUCGUCAAAUAUUUGAUCGAAUGCCUAUUCGGGAUGUGGUUACAUGGACAGCUGUGAUCUCUGGGUACAUCAAAUGUGGAAUGGUUGAAGAAGCACGGCUGCUCUUUGACGAAGCAGAUGCAAAGAAGAACGUAGUCACAUGGACGGCAAUGUUGUCUGGUUAUAUCCAAUCGAACCAGAUGCUAGGAGCAGAAAAGCUUUUUAGGCAGAUGCCUCACAAGAAUGUCAUCUCUUGGAACACUAUGAUUUCUGGGUAUGCACAGAAUGGGCGAAUUGAUUCUGCUUUUGAGCUAUUUCAGAAAAUGCCCGACAGAAAUGUUGUUUCUUGGAACACAAUUAUAACAGCCAUGGCUCAACAUGGAAGAAUUGAUGAAGCAUGGCAACUUUUUGAUAGGAUGCAAGAAAGAGAUGUUAUAUCUUGGACAGCAAUGGUUGCAGGUUUAUCACAGAAUGGGAGGAUUGAUGAAGCACGAGCUCUAUUUGACAAGAUGCCUGAGCGAAAUGUUAUUUCUUGGAAUGCCAUGAUCACUGGUUAUGCGCAAAAUUUGAGACUGGAUGAAGCUCUUGACUUGUUUGAGAGAAUGUCUGAGAGGGACAUUCCAUCAUGGAAUACGAUGAUUACGGGCCUUAUUCAGAAUGGAGAUCUAAGGCGAGCCAGGAAAUUGUUCAACGAGAUGCAAAGAAGAAAUGUUGUCUCUUGGACGACGAUGAUCACUGGAUAUGUUCAAGAUGGACAGAGCGAGGAGGCUUUAAAGGUUUUCUCAGCAAUGCAGGCUGAUGGAAUCAAGCCUAAUCAAGGAACCUUCGUAAGCAUAUUAGGUGCUUGUAGCAAUUUAGCAGGGCUUGGUGAGGGAAGACAAAUCCAUCAGAUAAUAAGCAAAACAGUUUUCCAGAAUAGUACACUGGUAGAGUCAGCCCUCAUAAGUAUGUACUCUAAAUGUGGGGAGAUGGACAUUGCAAGAGAUAUGUUCGAUAGAUCAAGUCAAAGGGAUGUUGUGUCUUGGAAUGGAAUAAUUGCAGCCUAUGCACACCAUGGCUAUGGUAGAGAAGCGAUACACUUGUUUAAAGAAAUGCAGAAAUACGGGUUCAAGCCUGAUGAUGUCACCUAUGUUGGGGUGCUCUCUGCAUGCAGCCACUCUGGUUUGGUGGAUGAGGGUCUGAAGUAUUUUGAGGAAUUGAUGAAAGACGGAUCAAUUGAUGUAAGAGAAGACCAUUACGCUUGCGUGGUUGAUCUUUGUGGGCGAGCUGGAAGGCUUAAGGAGGCGUUUGAUUUCAUAGAGCAUUUAGGGACUAAGCCAUCAGCUAAUGUGUGGGGAGCUCUUCUUGCAGGGUGUAAUGUUCACAGGAAUGUAAAGAUAGGGAAAUUAGCUGCAAGGAGGCUUCUAGAGGUGGAGCCAGAUAAUGCAGGGACAUACAUGUUGUUAUCAAACAUAUAUGCUUCAGCAGGGAGAUGGAAAGAGGCUUCUCGAGUGAGGUUGAAGAUGAAGGAUAAAGGGUUGAAGAAACAGCCUGGUUGUAGCUGGAUUGAAGUGGGGAAUAGAGUCCAUGUGUUCGUGGUUGGUGAUAAAUCUCAUAGUCAGUCGAAACUGAUCCAUGGCAUUUUCCAUGAUCUUCAUAUGAAGCUGAAGAAGGCUGGUUAUGUUCUUAAUAAGGGUUCGACUCUGGAUGAGGAUUUUUUGCAAUAACAUAACAUAAGUUGAAUGUAGAAGACUUCAGAAUCAUAGCAUUGCUAAGGUUAUUGUACCAAGCUUGAUUGGGGAGGUGGAGGCUGCUGUUUUACUGGCUCUUGUAGAUGAGUUAUGGGCCAUUUAUAUGGUUAGCUGCUUUGCAUCAUUUCUGGUAUAUGCGUAAGACCUUCAUAGCAA